GCUCGAGAACCGUGCUGCUGUGGCACUGAGGGGCCCGGUCAGUGGGCGUGGUGGGGAUGGGCUGGUGGUUGCACGGGGUGGUCUUAGGGGUCUUUUCUUCCCACGUAACUAGCGAUGGGAGUCAGGGGAACAGCCUCAAGUUGCACCAGGGGAGACUCAGGUUGGACGUUAGGAAAAAUUUCGUCUCCAGAAGUGUCAGGUGCUGGAAUGGGCUGCGUGGCAGGUGGGGGAGGCACCGUCCCAGGAGGCGUUCCACAAACCCUGUGCUACUGAGGGACAUGGUUCAGUGGGUAAAGGAAGUCUGAAGCCAUGGCUGCAAAACCUGUACUCUACUACUUCAAUGGAAGAGGCAAAAUGGAGUCGAUCCGCUGGCUGCUGGCUGCAGCUGGGGUUGAGUUUGAAGAGGUGUUUUUGGAAACACGAGAGCAGUAUGAGAAGCUCCUGCAAAGUGGAAUCCUCAUGUUCCAGCAAGUGCCCAUGGUGGAGAUCGACGGGAUGAAGUUGGUGCAGACCAGAGCCAUCCUCAACUACAUAGCAGGGAAAUACAAUCUCUAUGGGAAAGACCUGAAGGAGAGAGCCCUGAUUGACAUGUAUGUUGGGGGAACAGAUGACCUUAUGGGCUUCUUGUUGAGUUUCCCGUUCUUGUCAGCUGAGGAUAAGGUGAAACAAUGUGCCUUUGUAGUUGAGAAGGCUACAAGCAGGUACUUCCCAGCAUAUGAAAAGGUUUUGAAAGACCAUGGCCAGGACUUUCUUGUUGGCAACCGUCUCAGCUGGGCAGAUAUUCAUCUUCUUGAAGCCAUUUUAAUGCUAGAAGAGAAGAAGUCAGACGCUCUCUCGGGAUUUCCUCUGUUACAGGCAUUUAAAAAAAGGAUAAGCAGCAUCCCCACAAUCAAGAAGUUCCUGGCGCCUGGAAGCAAGAGAAAGCCUAUUUCUGAUGAUAAAUACGUGGAGACUGUGAGGAGGGUUCUCCGUAUGUAUUACGAUGUAAAACCACAUUAGUGUGCUUGUCUAAAGCAAGGGCUGUUCUUGGUUGAAGAGAGCUACCAGAUGGCACAAUUAAACUGUGCAGGGAAGGUGAGGAGGCAUUCAAAAGUAGUUGUAAUGAGCAGUACCUUGAGUUCUCUCAUACAAAACACAGCGUACAAGUAUUUUGCUUACCAGUAUAACACUUUACUACUAAUCCAUUCUUGAGAUUUUUCUGGUAAUUGCCACCGAUUGAAAUGGCAUCAGAUGUGCUGUUUUCCAGCAGUCUCACCGGAGGAAGGGAAAGCAAAAGAGAAAGAAGUGUGAGUUGCUGACUGACAGCUCCAGCAUCCUGUGGUAGCUCUGAGGAUCCAGAUCAGGUUUCUGUAUGAUUAGUUCUGAUUCGGGUCCUUAUUGAUUUUAGAUUCACUUUAGGAAAUGAAACAAACAGCUUUUAAAGAAUGUAGGACGGAGGUGUUCCUCGUGCCAGACACAUUGGAUGUUGUUGAUGUGUGAAACACCACUGCUGUGCCUUCAUAACUAAGCUGCAUUUUUAUUACUGAAUCAGGAAAUAAAAUGACUGCCAAAUGUUAUAUGUGUAUAACUGGCCUAUCUAGAAGAUCUACUCUAAUCAAAUAAACUCAUUAUUCUUA